GACGUCAUGCACCGCUCGGGCUGCGGGCCGGCCGCACGCUCGCCAUGAUGGCCUCGGGCCGCCUCGGGCUGGCCCGAGGAUUCCUGGCGGGGUUGCGGCGGCGAGAGUUGGUCGUGCGUGCGGCCUGCGCCGCCACGAGCCCCGGCCGCACUCCCCCGCUCUUCCCUGGGCCCGGCCGUGGGCGCCCGCUGAGCCUGUCUGCGGCUGCCAUAGUGGACGCGGCGCCCCGCCCUCUGCAGCCCUAUCUGCGCCUUAUGAGGCUGGACAAACCCAUCGGAACCUGGCUGUUAUAUUUGCCCUGUACCUGGAGUAUUGGCUUGGCAGCAGAGCCAGGCUGUUUUCCUGACUGGUAUAUGUUGUCCCUUUUUGGCACUGGAGCGAUUCUGAUGCGGGGAGCCGGCUGUACAAUUAAUGACAUGUGGGAUCAGGACUAUGAUAAAAAGGUUACGAGGACGGCAAAUCGACCAAUAGCUGCUGGAAAGAUUUCAACUUUUCAAUCUUUGGUUUUCCUUGGAGGACAACUGAGCUUGGCACUGUGUGUACUCCUGUGUCUGAAUUAUUACAGUAUAGCCCUGGGAGCUGCAUCAUUGUCUUUGGUGGUCAUUUAUCCUCUGAUGAAAAGAAUUACUUACUGGCCACAGUUAGCCUUGGGACUGACCUUUAACUGGGGAGCGUUGCUUGGAUGGUCUGCCAUCAAAGGCUCCUGUGAUGUGUCUGUUUGCCUACCCCUUUAUCUCUCCGGAGUCAUGUGGACGUUAAUAUAUGACACAAUCUAUGCCCAUCAGGACAAAAGAGAUGAUGCCCUGAUUGGUCUCAAAUCCACCGCACUACGGUUCAAGGAAGACACCAAGCAAUGGCUAAGUGGCUUCAGCGUGGCCAUGCUGGGUGGCCUGACUCUGGCUGGGCUGAAUUGUGACCAGACCGUGCCCUACUACGCUGCCGUGGCUGCUGUGGGCGCUCACUUGGCCCAGCAGAUUCACACUCUGGACAUCCAUAAACCUGAGGAUUGUUGGGACAAGUUUGCCUCCAACCGAACAAUAGGAAUCAUGCUUUUCAUAGGGAUUAUGCUUGGAAACUUAUGGAAAGAAAAGAAACCAAAGGGGUCGAAGGAAAAUGGAGACCUUGAUUUAGGAAAUUAACAAAUGAAGUUUAGAGCUUUUCAGAUUAAGAACUACAAAAUCUCCUCGUGUUUUUUCACUGGAAAACUAGUGUGAAGAGUCUCUCAAAGUGAGAACGGUUGGAGGCAUAGUCACCCAGGAAUUCCCAGCUUAGACAGUUUGGCCAGUAAAGUUCACCCCAUCUCAGGUAUUAGCAGGUUCCCAACUCUCUUGAAGCUGGGUGUAGCCUUGAAUUUAUAGAUGAACCUAUUGUCCUGUGCAUGAGAAUUCGCCUUUAAAAAUGAUUGGAAUUGUCCAAGCUUCAGCACCUUUUUAGAACUGUGAUGAGUAUCUCAUCCAAGAGGAAUGUAUUUUGGGAAAUGUAUUCUUUUUAGAGAAAAUUCAAAUAAAAGCUGCUAUGGAAAGCCCCACAUCAUUGUAUUUUGACAGCAGUUCACUGACAGAAUAUUUAAUUCAGAAAGUUAUUUGGUAUUUAUCUUCAUGAAUAGCUCCAAAAUAUGCCUUUCCAUCUAUCCCUCUUCCUCUCAUCCUUAACACCCACUGUAAGCUAAUCUUUGCCAACCCAGUGGUCUAAGCAGAUUUAGUAACCGUGUGUGCUCAGUGCUAUGCGGUAUCUAAGACUUGAUGAAAAUAUGAGACGUGGUCCUGCCCUCAAGUAAACUCCAGUCUUAUAGAAGAAACUAAUUUUCUCUGCAGUAAUUAUGAAUGGUAUAAGCUAGCCAGGUAGGCAGUUCCUAAUUAUGAACUCGAGACAUUUUCCCAUAAAUAAAAAAUGUUAUAAAUGAGUUGCCAAGCAGCCUUACAAAAACCCAUUAUUCAGUCCAUGAUAUUAGUGAAUUAUAGCACUAAUAGUAGUAGGUUUACAGCAAGGAAUUUGGUGAUAGCUUCCCUGGGCCCUGAGCAAUAUUUUUGCCUCAGGCAUCUUCCUGUCUGCCCAUCUAGAAAUCUCUUUUCCUUCCUCCUACCUCAGUCUCCUGGUGCCUCAUGGUGCCCGAAGUCCUUCCUUCCAAUAUUUUGCUCUUUUUAGUAUCCCAAGUGCUUAGCAUGGGAGGCAGCUAGGUGACGCAGUGGAUAAAGCACCAGCCCUGGAUUCAGGAAGACCUGAGUUCAAAUCUGGCCUCAGACACUUGACACUAGCUGUGUGACCCCGGGCAAGUCACUUAACCCCCAUUGCCCCGCAAAAAAACCCAAAACCAAAACCAAACAAAACAAAAAAACCAAAUGCUUAGCAUGGUACCUGGCAUAAAGUAGGUGCUUAAUAAUUACUUCUUGAACUGACUACUUGCUUGUUAAGUUCGACCAUCAUACAAUCAUGCUCUACCGACCAGGUAUCCCACUUAGGUCAGUACAACAUUGGGAUGAAUCAAUCCUAUGAAAACCCAUCCAAUGCAGUCAAUCUCCAGGCCUUUCCCAAUAUGAGAAGGAUAGCACCAUUUCCAAGUUAAAGAAGACCUCAGAGGUCGUCUAGAGCGACCCACACCUGAACAGGAACCUCCUUUCUACAAUAUCCCUGAAAAAAGACCAUCAGUCUCUACCUCUGGUGAGAGAUAACACGCUAACAACUGGGAUAGUGCGUUUGGAUUGUAUACAGCCCACCCAAACUUCCCUCUCUGGGACUUGUACCUCCUGGCUGUGCCUUCUGGGAAAAGCAAAAAGGUGAAUUAAAAAAACCAAACCAAAAAAAAAAAAA